AAACUUGAAGGGUCUAAGUGCAAAGGUCAACUUUUGAUUUUUGGGGCAACCAACUGGGACUUGAUUGGUCGUAAAGAAGUGCCUAAGCAACAAGCCGCGUACCGAAAUCUCGGUCAGAACCUGUGGGGGCCCCACAGAUAUGGAUGCCUGGCGGGGGUCCGGGUGCGGACGGUGGUCUCGGGCUCAUGUGCUGCCCACAGCCUCCUCAUCACCACUGAAGGGAAGCUGUGGAGCUGGGGGCGGAACGAGAAGGGACAGCUGGGCCACGGCGACACCAAGAGAGUGGAAGCCCCCAGGCUGAUCGAGGGCCUCAGCCACGAAGCCAUCGUGCUGGCAGCCUGCGGGCGCAACCCAAAAUGGCCUGCGGGGCGGAAUUCAGUAUGAUAAUGGACUGCAAAGGAAACCUCUAUUCCUUUGGGUGCCCUGAAUACGGCCAGCUGGGACACAACUCGGACGGGAAGUUCAUCGCCCGGGCACAGCGGAUAGAGUAUGACUGCGAGCUGGUGCCCCGGCGAGUGGCCAUCUUCAUCGAGAAGACAAAAGAUGGGCAGAUCCUGCCCGUCCCGAAUGUGGUGGUACGAGACGUGGCCUGUGGCGGCUGGUCCUGGACUCGCAGAAGCGCGUCUUCUCCUGGGGCUUCGGGGGCUACGGCCGCUUGGGCCACGCAGAGCAGAAGGACGAGAUGGUACCUCGCCUGGUGAAGCUGUUCGACUUCCCGGGCCGCGGGGCCUCCCAGAUCUACGCCGGCUACACCUGCUCCUUUGCCGUCAGCGAAGUGGGUGGGCUGUUUUUCUGGGGGGCCACCAACACCUCUCGGGAGUCUACCAUGUACCCGAAGGCAGUGCAGGACCUCUGUGGCUGGAGGAUCCGGAGCCUGGCCUGCGGGAAGAGCAGCAUCAUCGUGGCAGCUGACGAGAGCACCAUCAGCUGGGGCCCGUCGCCGACCUUCGGGGAGCUGGGCUACGGGGACCACAAGCCCAAGUCUUCCACUGCAGCCCAGGAGGUGAAGACGCUGGACGGCAUCUUCUCAGAGCAGGUGGCCAUGGGCUACUCACACUCGCUGGUGAUUGCCCGGGACGAGAGUGAGACGGAGAAGGAGAAGAUCAAGAGGCUGCCGGAGUACAACCCGCGCACCCUCUGAGCGGAGCCGCGCUCCGCCCGCGGCAGCUGUCAUCUCCACGUGCACUGGGACAGGAAGUCAGACGAGGAAUUUAAAAAGCAAGAGUCGACCAAAGAUGCAUUUUUGUUAGUCUCCCCAAGGUUCUGUUUUCUAAGUAAUUCAACAUUAACUACCUUUUUCUCUAUGCUUUCCAAAGUGUUUUUUUCCCAAUGUUUAAUUAAAAUAUUUGCUCAUAGUUGACUUACCAUUCCUACGAAAGAGGCAGAAACUUUGAGCAAUUUAAGUUUUUUUUUAAGUUGUAUUUUUUUUCCUCUCCUGAAUAUGCCUCCCCAAGCCUCCCAUUCCAGUUGUAAUUAGCAGUGUGGUCCAAGUGGGUGCUACGUGGGAGAGGAAUGGCUGUUUACUCAGAUGAAAAUAUCCCUUAUGGGAACCAGCAGCAUCUAGGCCAAGACGUCCUUGGUGGCUGAUCUCCAUUCAGAAUCACGCUUGCGUGCUGGGGGAGCAUCGGGCCACUUGCCGCUUUUCCCCUGCCGACUGGCUGCAGCUGCUGCUUGCUCUAUUCCCCUUGGCUGCCUGGAAGCUCCACAGCCUUUUGGUCGAACCAUUCAUAGAAUCUGCCGUGUCCCCCCUGGUGGGGGCUUUGGGAUUUAUGUUUAGCCAUUUCUAUCUCCUUUAGCUGUACAAGAAGUCCAAAAGAGAAUCAGGCAGUGGUGGAACCAUGGGGACCUGGGGGGUGGGGUGAUGAGGAACAUUUGUAUAUGUCCAAGGGUCCGGCUUUAUGACUCCCUGUCAAGCCUGGGCCCUGUUGGCCCUAGUGCUGCUCCAUUAGAGGUCGAUCAGCGAGCAGUCUGAGCACACUCUCCAGUUCCCGCGAGGAAGGACCAGCCCCCGUGUCCCAGCUGCUGCCGCUGCCUCUGCUUCUGCCUGUCUCGCCUGGCCUGACCGUUCCUGCCCAGAGCGGCCGCCCUUACGCUGCGGGUUGCUACCCGCUAACCCCGAGCUCUGGUUGCGUGUGCUUGGCUCCGGUAUCGAAUAGCUGGGAUUCCUGAAGAAGCCCCCCUGGCCUGCGUGUCCGCGCGGAAGCCGUGACAGCCUCCCGCCACAGCCCUGUCAAGUGCCCUCCGCCCAAGCCUCCCCGUGCCGACCGCGCAGCGGGAGUUACGAGGUGCCUUUCCUGGAACCGAGCGAGGUGACAGCGUUGGCUGGGGCUCGCGGUUUCCAGGGGUCUGGACUGGUUUGGGUGCUUUAAAUAGACGUUUAGCUCAGUGGUGCUUCUGGGGGAGAAGAAGGGGUUCAGUGUGAGACUUGGGUGGAUGGGAAGAGUUCAGUACUGGUCUUUAGCCUUUGUUUUUGCUUUUGCUGUUGUUACCACCUGUCGUUGUCUCCAUGUUAAAAUGCCAAAAAUUAUCUAGUGGUCACUGCUUUCCCCUGCCUGUCACCCCGCCCCAUCACCGCUCAGUGACUUCUGUCCCUAUGGGGCAGGUUGCAGCUUGUGUCUGGCUGACCCCACCGCCUCGCGGGAGAUGGGGAUGGACUAAAGACCUAGCCCCAGUCCGCGCUCAUCUCUGCCAGCACAUGUUGGAUGGCGCGCCCCCCUCAAGCUUCUGCAGUGUCAGAACUUACGCUAAACUUACCUGAUCUGUCCAUCACCCCCAGAUGCCUCCCACUCAAGCUCCCCUGGGCGGGGCCUAAGCAGUCCCUGCCCCCACCCAGGGGCUGUGUGGCUUUAUCUCACACCCUGGGGGUCUCCCUCGAGCUGUGUGGUCACCCAAUGUAGGACACAAUAGCCUGGGAGCUGCCCUGGGCUGCGCUGGGCUCAGAUCUUCCAUGCAGCCAGCAGCCACCCUGUCCAGGACCCCACCCAGGGAAGCUGUCUCCCUCACCCCUCCUUUUGGCGUAGAAUUGUAACAUGAAUUGUAACAUGAACUUCCUCGCAAGGAGCACUCUUUAGAACGGGAGGGGGGCGCCUGCACUCCAGGAGCACAGAGGGCGGAACAGGGAGGGGCCUGGCCGCCCUGCAGUGUCCCGCAGCCUUCCAGGUCCGGAAGCGGGGCUCCGAGAAGGGGCCGAGGUGGAUGGGGAUGAAAGAGGACUUUGUGAUUUGGUCGAAGGCGCCUGGUUUAGUGCUGUAAUUGUCUUUAUUUUUUUUUAUAUAUAUAUUUCUUGGAGUAAACAUUUUAAAUAAACGGCAUCAUUGUUUACUCGG